AUGCGGCGGCAGGUGGGCAAGCCCACAGCGGUGUGCUGGGGCAGCGGGGCGGUGGGCUUCGCCAGCAACAUGCUGCUGCUGAGCCGGUCUGCUCUCCAUCUCCCAGCCUUGUGGUGGUACCUCUUCCUCUCCGCCGACGCCCAGGAGGUGGCCACGUUCACAGUGCAGUACCGGGUGUUUGAAGAAGUGCCGCUGGGAACCGUGAUAGGGACGCUGGCCAAGCACUUUGAGGGGGGAGAGAGCGGUGAAACAUCAGCGGAUACCUUCCAGCUGAUGGAGACCCCCGGGAGGUUCCCGCUGCAUGUGGGGAGCGGGGAUGGGGUGCUCAGCACGGCCGGGCGGGUGGACAGGGAGCAGCUUUGCCGGCACAGCGAUCCCUGCUGGGUCUCAUUCGACGUGCUGGCUGCCCAAAACCUGGCUCUGAUUCAUGUGGAAGUUCAAGUGCUGGAUAUCAAUGACAAUGCACCACGGUUCCCCACGCCCGAGCUGGAGCUGGAGAUGUCAGAGAGUGCAUCCCUGCAGAUGAGGAUCCCGCUGGAUCGAGCCCUGGAUGCCGAUGCCGGCCCCAACGCCCACUGCUCUUAUGCCCUCUCCCCCAGUGAGCACUUUGCUCUGGAGGUCAUCGCCGGCUCUGAUGGGAUGAGGCAUGCGGAGCUUGUUGUGGUUAAAGAAGUGGACCGGGAGCUGCACUCCUCCUUCGACCUUGUGCUGACAGCCACCGAUCACGGGGAGCCGCCAAAAUCAGGUACUGCUUUAAUUAAAGUCAUUGUCCUUGACUCCAAUGAUAACAGCCCCGUCUUUGCAGAGAGCUCUUUCACAGUAGAGGUUCGGGAGGAUGCUGUGCCCGGGACCCUGCUUGUGACAGUCACGGCCACCGACCCCGACCAGGGUCCCAACGGGGAGAUCGAGUACAGCCUGAGCAGGCACGCGCCCCCGGAGGUGCUGAGCGCGUUCAGCAUCGAUGCGCGCACAGGCAGCGUCAUCCUGAAGCACCUGCUGGACUAUGAGGAGACCCACGCCUAUGAGCUGGACGUGCAAGCCCGGGACCUGGGCGCCAACCCCAUCCCAGCGCACUGCAAGAUCCUGGUCAAAGUCCUGGAUGUCAACGACAACGCUCCUGACGUCCACGUCACCUGGGCCAUGCGGGUGCCCGUGCUCUCCGAAGCCCUGCCCAAAGACAGCUUUGUGGCUCUGGUGACAACCAGUGACCCUGAUUCGGGAAGCAAUGGGCAAGUGCAUUGCUCCCUCAGUCAGGGGUACGAGCACUUCAGGCUGAAGAGGACCAACAGCCACAGCUUUGUGCUGCUGACCAACACCACGCUGGACAGGGAGCUGCGCGCCGAGUACAACCUGACGCUGGUGGUGCGGGACCAGGGUGACCUCUCCUUGGCCGUGCUGAAGCACCUCACCAUCCGCAUCAGCGACAUCAAUGACAACGCCCCUUCCUUCGAGAAGGCCGCCUAUGAGGCUGCCAUCGCUGAGAACAGCAAAGCACCUGCCUUCCUGCUCACUGUCCGAGCCACCGACCCGGACCUGGGUUUCAACGGGAAAAUCACCUACAGCAUCCCACACUCCUCCACUUCAGGUCUGGUCUCAAUCGACCCCACCUCUGGGGAUGUUUUUGCCCUCCAACCUUUUGAUUAUGAGCAGGUGAGGAGCCUGGAGAUCCUGGUGAUGGCAGAGGAUGGUGGUCAACCCAAGCUGGCAUCCAAUGUCUCCAUCAGGCUGGCUGUGAUUGACCGGAACGACAACGCACCUGUCAUCACUGCGCCGGUGCUGGUGGGAGGCGCGGCCACACUCUCUGUCCUGGUCAAUGCAGAGACAGGGUGCUUCUGGGUAGCCCUGGGGAAUGGGAGCACCCAAGGGACUGCAGCGGUGACCAAUGCAACUCUCAUGUCGUGCGCCGACGCUCCCUUCCUCUUCACCGUCUCAGCCAGGGAUGCAGACUCUGGCAUCAACGGGGCUCUCCGGUAUGAUCUGGUGGGUGGGGACGAUGCUGGGCUUUUCAUCCUGGACCCUCUCUUGGGGCAGGUCUUCCUCAACGCCAGCAAUGCCAGCAGCCUCGCCGGGAGCGAGUGGGAGCUGGUGGUCCAGGUGAGCGAUGGGGGGGAUAUCCCCCUGCACACCCUGGCUCGUGUCCGCUUAGUUUUCCGGCACCACGGGGCAUUCUCCAAAAUCUCAGCCCAGGAUCCCAGGUGGCUGAGCCCAUUCGUGGUGGUCGUUAUCUGCCUGGCCGCUCUCCUGGGCGGGUGCCUUCUCCUUUUGGCUUUAACCCUGUCUGUGCGUAAGAAGGAGAAGAAGGAUGGCAUGGCUUAUAACUGCAGGGAGGCAGAGGAUGCCCGCAGGCAGCAGCAGCUCAAGAAGCCGCGCAGGCAGAUCCAGAAGACCGACAUCCACCUCGUCCCGCUGCUCCGGGGCCGGCCCCGGGAGGCUGAGCCCCACUGUCCCUGCCCGGAGGAUCUGCCCGGCACGGCCACCCCUACACUGGGGGGCUCCCCGCAGGCUCCCCUCCACUUCACCCCCACUCUCUACAGGACACUGAGAAAUCAGAGGACCCAAAAGGACUCAGAUGAGCCACAGGAGACCUUCAACCUGCCCAUCCUGCAGCGCCGGCCCU